AUGGAAAUAGAUUGCACUGGCACUAUAUUUGCAAAAUACUUCGGGAAGGUCUGCGAUCAGGUGUCCUUCGGAUGCCCAGGCAUUUUGACGAGGAAGUCAGAUAGACUGGUCAGGGAGUACAACAGGAAGCCCGCAAAAUACCAUAGAAAUGUCAACCAGGUGGUAAGGGACGUCAAGGGGCGCGUUUCGCAGAAGUUGCAGAACAUCAACCUCAAAAAUGAACAUCGUAACUCCCGCCUGAGAGCAUCGGAAAUGGUUUUAAAUCAGCCGGUCCACAGAGAUAGCGAUGAGACCGUGGCGGAUUCGAGUGCCGACGACGACGACGCCUCUGAAUUUCAAUUCUACAAGACCGGCCUGUACUACUUGGGAGCAGGAGUGGGAGCGCUGGGCGUGGGCGCGCUGGCAUCAGUUGGCCUGGUGGCGCUAGGCGCAAUCGGAUGCACUGCCUACUGCAUUGAGAAGCUGCUGUGCGUGGAUCCCGAGUACCAGAAGGAGCUGAAGGCCCUAGAGGUCGAGAACGUGUAUAGGCCGGACAUCAACAACGUUCCCUACUUGUAUAGGAGCCCAUACCGAUACUAA